AUGCUAGGUACACGAUUGGAUUAUAUACUUGUUAGUAAAGGAAUGGUAAAAUGGAUGAAAUCAUGUGAUGUUAAACAACAAAUAAUGGGCUCUGAUCAUUGUCCAGUUUCUUGCGAACUCUAUGAUGAAAUUGAGGAGAAUGGUAAAAAAAUUAGGCUUUCUGAUUUGAUUAGUUCUAACUCAUACAUUACACAAAACAAGCUAGAGGCACCAAAACUUUGUGCCAAAUAUCUGUCCAAAUUCUUUAAUCAGACUAAAUUACAAAGCUUUUUUAAUAAAUCAAAUAUGAAUAACGAUGAGAUUGCAAAUGUUAAGAUAAUUGAUAAUUCUAAUGUUAGUAGUUCUGUUGAAACCAUUCUUUUUGAAAAAGAAAAAAUUUCACAAGAAUUUCCCUCUAAACCAACUUCCAUGCUGAAAAAAACUUCAAUAAAGUCACUAAAUUGUAUUGCUAAAAAAACAAAUUCAACAAUUCCGAAUCAACCUACUCUUACAACAUUUUUUAAAGCUUCAUUAGAGAAAAAUGAUAAACCAAUUAAAAUAAUUGAUAUUGAAGAGAAUAUAGCCACUCCAAAAU